AUGCGUCCCGAGAUCGAGCAGGAGCUCUCCCACACGCUCCUCGUGGAGCUGCUCGCAUACCAGUUUGCCUCGCCCGUGAGAUGGAUUGAGACGCAGGAUGUCAUCCUCGGCGAGAACACCACCGAGCGCAUCGUCGAGGUUGGCCCCGCAGACACCCUGGGUGUCAUGGCCAAGCGGACGCUGGCCUCCAAGUACGAAGCACACGACGCCGCCCGCUCAGUUCAGCGCCAGAUUCUGUGCUACAACAAGGACCCCAAGGACAUCUACUACGAUGUCGAGCCCGAGGAGGAUGAGCCCGAGCCGGCUGCUGCCGCCUCGUCUUCGUCUUCUGCUCCCGCGCCCGCCGCCGCCGCAUCAGCACCUGUCGCCGCCGCGCCUGCUCCCAGCGCAGGCCCGGCCGCAGCGGUGCCAGAUGCUCCAGUCACCGCGACUGACAUUCUGCGGACCAUUGUCGCUCAGAAGCUGAAGAAGUCGCUGAACGACAUUCCGCUGAGCAAGGCGAUCAAGGACUUGGUUGGAGGCAAAUCCACCCUUCAGAACGAAAUUCUCGGUGACUUGGGCAAGGAAUUCGGCUCAACCCCCGAGAAGCCCGAAGACACCCCUCUCGAUGAGCUGGGAGCUGCCAUGCAGGCUACCUUCAAUGGUCAGCUUGGAAAGCAGUCCGCCUCCCUCAUUGCACGUAUGAUCUCGUCGAAGAUGCCUGGUGGCUUCAACAACACUGCAGCUCGCAAGCACUUGGAAACCCGAUGGGGUCUUGGUCCCGGCAGGCAGGACGGUGUUCUGCUGCUGGCGCUCACCAACGAGCCGCCCAACCGUCUCGGAUCUGAGAAUGAUGCGAAGGGAUGGUUGGACCAGAUGGCCAACAACUACGCUUCUGCGGCUGGCAUUAGCCUGUCUGCGCCCACCGCUGGCGGUGACGGCGGUGCUGCCGCGGGCGGCAUGAUGAUGGAUCCGGCUGCCAUCGAUGCUCUCACCAAGGACCAAAGGGCUCUGUUCAAGCAGCAGCUCGAGCUCUUCGCCAGGUACCUCAAGAUAGACCUGCGCAAGGGCGACAAGGCUUUCGUUGGCUCCCAAGAUGCGACGAAGGCUCUCCAGGCCCAGCUCGACCUGUGGAACGCCGAGCACGGCGACUUCUACGCGGCUGGCAUUGAGCCCCAGUUCACUCCCCUCAAGGCUCGUGUCUACGACUCGUCCUGGAACUGGGCGCGUCAAGAUGCUCUCACCAUGUACUACGACAUUAUUUUCGGCCGCCUGAAGGCCGUCGACCGUGAGAUUGUCAGCCAGUGCAUCAACAUCAUGAACCGUUCGAACCCGCUGCUCCUCGAAUUCAUGCAGUACCACAUUGACCAUUGCCCGACUGAACGUGGCGAGACCUACGAACUCGCGAAGGAGCUUGGCCAGCAGCUGAUCGAAAACUGCAAGGACGUGCUCAAUGUUCCUCCCGUCUACAAGGACGUUGCCCUGCCCACCGGCCCUCAGCUCGCCAUCGAUGCGCGUGGUAACAUGAACUACGCCGAAGUCGCCAGGCCUAGCGUUCGCAAGCUCGAACACUACGUCAAGGAGAUGGCUGAGGGCGGCAAGCUUUCCGAGUAUGGCAACAGGACCAAGGUUCAGAACGACCUUCAGAGGAUCUACAAGCUCAUCCGCCAGCAACAUAAGCUUUCCAAAUCUUCGCAGCUGCAGAUCAAGACCCUCUAUAGCGAUGUCAUCCGCUCUUUGUCUAUGAACGAGGGCCAAAUCAUUCCCGCGGAGAAUGCCAAGGCCGCCGGCGGCCGCCGCAAGGGCCGUUCGGGACGCGUCAAUGGCUCCAACAAGCAGGGCAAGGUUGAGACCAUCCCCUUCCUCCACCUCAAGCGCAAGGAUGAGCAUGGUUGGGAGUAUAGCAAGAAGCUCACUGGCAUCUAUCUUGAUGGUCUUGAGACGGCCGCCAGGGAUGGUGUCACCUUCCAGGGCAAGAACGUCUUGAUGACUGGUGCUGGUGCUGGCUCUAUCGGUGCCGAGGUCCUUCAGGGCCUGAUUGCUGGUGGUGCCAAGGUUGUCGUCACUACGUCUCGUUUCUCGCGUGAGGUCAACGAGUACUACCAGGCCAUGUACUCGCGCUACGGCGCCCGUGGCUCUCAGCUCAUCGUUGUUCCUUUCAAUGGUGGUAGCAAGCAGGAUGUCGAGGCCCUCGUUGAGUACGUCUACGACGAUAAGAAGGGUCUCGGCUGGGAUCUCGACUAUGUUGUUCCUUUCGCCGCCAUUUCCGAGCAGGGUCGCGAGAUUGAUGGCAUUGACUCCAAGUCUGAGCUUGCCCACCGCAUCAUGUUGACCAACGUCCUCAGACUGCUGGGUGAGGUCAAGAAGCACAAGGCUGCCAACAACUUUGAGACUAGGCCCGCCCAGGUCAUCCUCCCUCUGUCGCCUAACCACGGUACUUUCGGUAACGACGGUCUCUAUGCUGAGUCCAAGAUCGCUCUGGAGACCCUCUUCAGCAGAUGGCACUCCGAGAGCUGGGGCAACUACCUUACCAUCUGCGGUGCUGUCAUUGGCUGGACCCGUGGUACUGGUCUCAUGAGCGGCAACAACAUCGUUGCCGAAGGCAUUGAGAGAUAUGGUGUCCGCACUUUCUCUCAGCAGGAGAUGGCUUUCAACCUGCUUGGUCUCAUGUCGCCGUCUAUCGUCAACCUGUGCCAGGUCGAGCCUGUCUGGGCUGACCUUAACGGUGGCUUCCAAUACCUGCCUAACCUGAAGGACCUGAUGUUCGACCUUCGCAAGGAGCACACUGAGACUUCGGAGAUCCGCAGGGCUGUCACCAAGGAGACUUCGGCCGAAAACAAGAUUGUCAACGGCGAGAAGAGCGAGGCUUUGUACAAGAAACACACUGUCCAGCCUCGUGCCAACCUCAAGUUUGAUUUCCCCAAGGUUCCUGAUUGGGAGUCUGAGGUCAAACCUCUUAACGACAACCUCAAGGGCAUGGUCGACCUCGAGAAGGUUGUUGUCGUCACCGGUUUCGCCGAAGUUGGCCCCUGGGGUAACGCCCGUACUCGUUGGGAGAUGGAAGCGUACGGCGAGUUCUCUCUCGAGGGUUGCGUUGAGAUGGCUUGGAUCAUGGGUCUGAUCAAGAACCACAACGGUCCCCUUAAGGGCAAGAGCUACUCCGGCUGGGUCGAUGCCAAGAGUGGUGAGCCGGUCGAUGACAAGGACAUCAAGUCCAAGUACGAGAAGCACAUCCUCGAGCACUCUGGUAUCCGUCUCAUCGAGCCUGAGCUCUUUGGCGGCUACGACCCCAACAAGAAGCAGCUUCUCCAGGAGAUCCAGAUUGAGGAGGACCUUGAGCCCUUCGAGUCUUCCAAGGAGACUGCUGAGGAGUUCAAGCGCGAGCAUGGCGAGAAGGUCGAGAUUUUCGAGAUCCCUGACUCUGGUGACUACACUGUCCGCCUCAGGAAGGGUGCCACUCUCCUCAUCCCCAAGGCUCUGCGCUUCGACCGCCUCGUCGCUGGUCAGGUCCCGGCCGGUUGGGAUGCCCGCAAGUACGGUGUGCCCGAGGACAUCAUCGAGCAGGUCGACACCGUCACCCUGUUCGUUCUUGUCUCCACUGCCGAAGCUCUGCUUUCUUCCGGUAUUACCGACCCGUACGAGUUCUACAAGUACGUCCACAUCUCCGAGGUCGGUAACUGUACCGGUUCGGGUAUUGGUGGCUCCGGUGCUCUCAGGGGUAUGUACAAGGACCGUUACCUUGACAAGCCGCUCCAGAAGGAUAUCCUGCAGGAGUCUUUCAUCAACACCAUGAGUGCUUGGGUCAACAUGUUGCUGCUCUCCUCCACCGGUCCUAUCAAGUCUCCUUCGGGUGCUUGCGCCACUGCUGUCGAAUCCGUCGAUAUCGGUUACGACACCAUUGUUGAGGGCAAGGCUAGGAUCUGUCUUGUCGGUGGUUUCGACGACUUCCAAGAGGAAGGCUCGUACGAAUUCGCCAACAUGAAGGCUACUAGCAACGCCGAGGACGAGUUCGCCCACGGCCGUACUCCCAAGGAGAUGUCCCGUCCCACUACCACCACCCGUAACGGCUUCAUGGAGUCCCAGGGUUGCGGUAUGCAAAUCAUCAUGGACGCUCGCCUUGCCUUGGACAUGGGUGUUCCCAUCUACGGUAUCCUUGGCUUCACUGCCACUGCUACUGACAAGAUUGGUCGUUCCGUCCCUGCUCCUGGCCAGGGUGUCCUCACGACUGCUCGUGAGAACGCCUCCAGGUACCCCUCUCCUCUUCUCGACAUCAAGUACAGGAAGCGCCAGAUGGACCUCCGCCGCCGCCAGAUCAAGCAGUGGCAGGAGUCUGAGCUCAUGUACCUGCAGGAGGAGGUUGCGGCAAUGAAGACCCAGAACGCCGACUUCGACGAGUCUGAGUACAUUGUCGACCGUGCCGAGCACAUUGAGCGUGAGGCCAAGCGCCAGGAGAAGGACGCCCUCAACAGCCUGGGCAACAACUUCUGGAAGCAGGACCCCAAGAUCGCUCCUCUGCGUGGUGCCCUCGCCACUUGGGGUCUCACCAUCGACGACCUGGACGUCGCCUCUUGCCACGGUACCUCCACCGUCGCCAACGACAAGAACGAGUCCGACGUCCUGUGCCAGCAACUGCGCCACCUUGGGCGUAAGAAGGGUAACGCUCUGCUCGGUGUCUUCCAGAAGUACCUCACUGGUCACCCCAAGGGUGCGGCUGGUGCCUGGAUGUUCAACGGUGCUCUGCAAGUGCUGAACAGUGGUCUGGUUCCCGGUAACCGUAACGCCGACAACGUCGACAAGAACCUCGAGAAGUUCGAUCUCAUCGUCUACCCGAGCCGCUCCAUCCAGACCGAUGGUGUCAAGGCUGUCUCCAUCACGUCGUUCGGUUUCGGUCAAAAGGGUGCCCAGGCAGUCGCCCUUCACCCCAAAUACCUGUUCGCCACGCUCGACUACGAGACCUAUGCCAACUACAAGGUGCGCGUCGAAGCUCGCCAGAAGAAGGCUUACCGCUACUUCCACGAUGGUCUCAUCAACAACACGAUGUUCCGCGCCAAGUCCAAGGGCCCGUACGACGAGGCUCAACAGUCCAAUGUCUUCCUCAACCCUUCUGCCCGCACCACGGUCGACAAGAAGACUGCCACCUGGGCCUACCCCGCCAAUGUGCCCAAGCACAUCCCCGGCGACAAGGACAAGACGGAGCAGACGCGCCAGAUGGUCGAGAACUUGGCCAAGGCUACCGCUACGGAGAACAGCAAGGUUGGUGUCGACGUCGAGAGCGUCGACGAGAUCAACAUCGACAACGAGACCUUUGUCGAGCGCAACUUCACGCCCGCCGAGCAGGAGUACUGCCGCGGUGCUGCUAACCCCCGUGCAAGCUUCGCCGGUCGCUGGUCCGCCAAGGAGGCUGUCUUCAAGUCGCUUGGUGUCGCUGGUAAGGGUGCCGGUGCCCCGCUCAAGGACAUUGAGGUCCUGAACGAUGAGAACGGCGCUCCCGUUGUUACUCUUCACGGCGACGCAAAGGCCGACGCCGAUGCUGCUGGCGUCAAGGGUGUCACCGUCAGCAUCAGCCACAGCGACAGCCAGGCAAUUGCCAUUGCUGUCUCGGCAUUCUAG